AAAUCAAAGAAAGAACUUAAAAAUGUAAUUGAAGAAAUCUGAAACGAUCGCCCGUAAAAAUAUGGAUAACUUACAGAUGUACGUCCAAGAAAAAUAGCCAAACUGCAGAAUCCUAUUAAUUGCAACAGUGCAUCAGUUCAUGUAUGUAAUAUGGUAAAUCAAGCUGGUUUUGGCAGUGAGUUGCACACCAUACUCAAAUGUUUUUUACCUGCUUUUAAACAACAAAGAACUAUGAUUCAUCAUAUGAAAGGGUGGAAAUAUGAUCCUGAAGGAUGGAGUCAUCUCUUUGCCCCUCUCAGUGAUUGUGACGAAACACAAUAUACAAGUCAGAGUAACUCACAAACAGUGAAUGGUGAUGCCGUUUACCCAACUGGAUACGACUUUAUAUCAAUUCCAGAAGAAAUAGCUGAAGAUAUUAUUCAAAAUCAUGCGGAUCCAUUUGCUUGGUGGAUUGCGCAAUUUAUUGGAUAUGCGAUGAGAAUGAGGCCUGAAUUUGUGAAUCAACUUAACGGAACCGCCCAGAAAAUAAAAUUCACUAAUCCCAUAGCCGGAAUGCAUAUUCGUCGUGGGGACAAACUGAUUAGAGAAGCAAAAAAGCACGAAGUUGAAGAAUAUAUGUUUUUUAUUGAAAAUUGGUUUGACGAACAAAAUAUAGAACAAAGAACUGUAUAUGUGACAACCGAUGACGACAAAGUUUAUCAGGAAUUAACAACGAAAUAUCCCUCGUACAGUUUCCUCACAACUCCAACGGAUACUAUGCAAAGAGGACUCAAUGCUCUUCAGGGAAUAGUCACCGAUGUAUAUCUACUUUCACUAUGUGAUUUUGUGGCAUGUACAGGGUCUUCUAAUAUAUGUCGUCUCGUUUACGAACUAUUAACGUUUAAUCAUCACGACGCAUCUUCCAGGUGGCAAUCAGUAGACGAUAUGUAUUACUUUCAUGAAGUAAUGUUUCCAUACGUUGGAAUAUCUGACCAUUCAUCGAGGAAAGAAAAGAGUGAGAUUAAUGUUCAAAAAGGUGACAUUUUAAGAGUGGCUAAAAUCGGUGUUUGGCCCAUUGAUGGGUUCAUAAAUUGCGAUAAUACGAACAAGCAAGAGCAAGGAAGAGUUCCAUUAUAUAAAAUACGUUCGAAGCCAUCAGUUGAUAGCUUUUCGAUCCUCAAUAGAACCUUAUAGAUAGAUCACUGUCGCAACUUUUCCAACAAUAAAGGUGCUAAAGUUGAAACGGACAUCAAGGAAAAAAAAACAGGGCCAAUCUUUUGCAUUAGGCAAAAUUGUAAAA